AUGGCCGGAGUCAGGCGGGGACUAGAAGUCGCCUUCUAUCUGUACCCGUGCGGCCUGUUUGCGACCCUAUUCGUGUCGCAAUUGAUCCGCUACCGCUCCUCGUCACGCGUCGACGACAGGGCUGCUGCGCUGGAUGAGGACAAGGACAAGGCUGAGAGGAUUCAACGCUUCUAUGCAAAGCUUAUCAGGGGGCUGCAGCUGCUCUUGACCCCCCUGCUGCUGACCAGCAUCAUACUGGUGAUAUGGAAUGCUUUUGCCGGCCGUGAUGACGUCCUUGAGCCCUCCAACUUCCCGUACAGCGCAUAUUUAGCAUCUCACAUCGGAGUCCUAUUCUACUUCCUCGCUGGCUUGUUGCCGGAUCCAGAUGGCCCAUGGACACCAACAGUUCCGCAUUGCCACGCCUGGAUCAUCGGGGUAUUUCUGGAGAUAGUCAUUGCAGCUGUCUUCGAGUCUCAGAAACCAGUCAUCACCACCCCGCCUCAACUCCUCGAUAGCUUGUUCGGGUUGGCCCUGGUCCGAGUUGCUGUGCUGGGUCUCAUGAUCGCGGCUUUGAUCCGCCGACAGUAUGAGUUGAGACGGCCCAUCCAAGGCUCUGACGACGAGCGGCAGUCUCUUUUGGAGAACGGUGAUGGGCCUACGAAUGGCUAUGGUGGCACGCACUCCAAUGCAGCCAAGGCGGAAGUCAAGAAGCGGGAUCCGCAAAAGUCAGGUUGGUUUGACUACAUUGCUGGCUUCCGUGUCCUGUUCCCAUAUCUCUGGCCGUCCGACUCGCAUCUCUACCAAGCCACAGUUGUCAUCUGUCUGGUAAUCCUGGUGGCGCAGCGUAUUGUCAACAUUUUGGUUCCCUACCAGCUUGGUGUGCUUGUCGAAGCUCUAGGGUAUGAUCGUAUUCCCUACAAAGAAGUAAUCCUAUAUGUUGUCUAUCGUGGUCUUCAAGGCAACCAGGGCGCUCUCGGUGCCGCCCGGUCAGUUCUCUGGAUUCCCGUGUCGCAAUCACUGUUCCGACGCCUGUCCUGCGCAGCGUUUGAGCAUGUCCUCGGCCUUUCGAUGGACUUCCACCUGAGUAAGCGUAUCGGCGAAGUGACGAGCGCUCUCAGCCGCGGCAGCGCCAUGAACACUUUCCUUGAGAACUUCCUGUUUCAGGUGUUUCCGAUGAUCUUCGACAUCUUCGUGGCUGCCGUCUACUUCUUCAUCCGAUACGACGCCUUCUAUACUCUCAUCGUCUUGUUCAUCAUGUGGACGUACAUCUUCCUGACCAUGUACAUGGCGAAGUACAGAGGCAGGCAAAGAAGGGACAUGACGACGAAAAGCCGCGAUAUGGAUGCAGCCAAGACCGAUGCCAUCAUGGCGUACGAAACCGUGCAACAUAAUUGUGCAGUUGGCACAGAGACAGAACGUUUCAAAGGGCAUGUGACGACGUAUCAAAAAGCCGAGCGCAUGGUACUCUGGUCCUUGAACUUGCUGAAUCUGACGCAGAGCUCUGUGUUCACUUUUGGAACAGCGUUGAUUGUUGCUCUCUCCGCAUAUAAGAUAUCCAUCGGACAACAGAGCGUUGCAGACUUCGUCAGCCUCAUUACCUACUUCACACAGCUGCAGUCCCCACUGAACUUCUUCGGAACGUUCUACACGAUGCUUCAGAACAACUUAAUCGAGGCAGAGCGCAUGCUUGAACUGUACAAUGAAACAUCUGGUAUUGUCGAGAAGCCAGAUGCCGUGGAUCUCCCAUCCGCUCGAGGCGAGGUCGAGUUUAAGGACGUCAGGUUCUCCUACCAAGGAAAGGAGCCAGCCAUCGAUGGUAUUAGCUUCAAGGUUGCCCCAGGGACGAAGACUGCCAUUGUGGGGUCUUCUGGCAGUGGGAAGUCGACCUGUCUGAAGCUCUUGUUCCGGUUCUACGAUGUGAAUAGUGGAUCAGUGACUGUCGACGGCCAUGAUAUUCGGGACCUCAAACUCGAUGGCCUCCGAAAGCACAUCGGAGUCGUACCGCAAGACACUGUCUUAUUCAAUGCCUCCAUCAUGUACAACCUGCUCUAUGCCAACCCGAAGGCAUCAGAGGCCGAUGUAUAUGAUGCCGCCAAGGCCGCGAAUAUCCACGAACGCAUUUUGGCUUUUCCAGAUCAAUACGACACGAAGGUCGGCGAAAGGGGACUGAAGCUCUCUGGCGGCGAACGCCAACGGAUUGCUAUCGCAAGAGCCAUCUUGAAGAACGCAAGCAUCUUGUUACUAGAUGAGGCGACUGCGUCUCUAGAUUCGCAUACAGAGAGACAGAUACAGGACGCGCUAGAGACAGUGACGACUGGGCGGACCACGAUCACAAUUGCGCAUCGUCUCUCCACUAUCACAACUUCAGACCAGAUUGUGGUGCUGCAGAAGGGCAAGAUCGUCGAGCGUGGCACGCACCAUGAGCUUCUGGAACUCAGAGGCAGCUAUCAUUCCAUGUGGGAGAAACAGACCCGGACGGAGAAGGAGUCGGAGAAGAAAGAGACUGAAGAAACAGAGGAAGGUACCGGAGAGUAA